AUGCGCCUGCAGGACACGGACGAAGCGGAGGAGGAGCUGCGCCGCGCGUGCCGCGCCGGCGGGGACGCCAAGCUUGUACGCCGGCUGCUGAGGCGCGCCGGCCGCGGCGCUGCGUGCGCCGCUUCCCCGAGCGACGGCGAGACGCCGCUGCACGCGGCCGCCGCUGGCGGCAACGCGGCGGCCGCGGCGGUCCUCCUGCGGAAGCGCGGCGUUGACGUGGACGCGCGGCUGCUGACCGACAGCAGCACGCCGCUGCACGCCGCGGCAUCCAUCGGUGACCUGCGCACCGUGAGCCUGCUGCUGCGCGCCGGCGCGGCGCCCGACGCGGAGCGAGACGACGGGACGCGCCCGCUGCACCUGGCGUGCCGCGCGGGGCACGCUGAGGUGGCGGCGGUGCUGCUGGAAGCCUUGGCCAGCGGCGGGAACGGCUCCAAGUGGUGGCGGCGCAGCAGCUGGAGCUGCACCGGCGCCGCCGCGGAUGCGGGCAGCCAUCCGGCCGACGCGGGGGACGAGGACGGCACGACGGCGCUGCACUGGGCGGCCCGCCAGGGGCACACCUCCGUCAUCGCUCUGCUGCUGGCGCACGGGGCAAACGCGUCAGCGGCCAACCUCUCGGGCCACCAGCCGCUGCACUGGGGCGCGCGGCACGGGCACGCGGCUGCGUGUCAGGCGCUGCUCGACGGCGGCGCGCGGCCCGAUGCGCCCAACACUUUCGGAUACUCGGCCCUGGAUUAUGCCCUGUCAUGUGGGCACUACCGAGUGACCGCGGUUUUUGACAAUUGGCAGGAGAACGAGGCGGCGGCCGUCGCCGCCGCUGAAGCUGCUGCGGCGCGCCACAAGCGGGCGCAUAGUGGCAAGCGGCGGCGGGGGCGCCAGUGGCUGCAGCGGCAGCGGCAGCCGGAGGUGCAGCAGGGGGAGCAGGAGCUGCUAGUGCUGGAGGGAUAG